CGUCAGUACCACUCGAGCAAGCGUUGAGAGAACAUCACCACCACCACCACCACCACCAUCACCACCACCACCAACACCACCACCACCACCACGGCCAGACACAAGAAGCAUUAUACGAAGAUGGAGGAGAAGGCGGUGGAUGGUAAAGAGAAGAAGUACGUGCUGUAUACGGUGGUCGGCGACGAGCGGGGGCGUGGGGGGGCGGGGGCGUGGGUGGUGAGGGUGCUGCUGACGGCGCUGCUGCUGGUGGCGCUGGGCGUGGUGCCGUACCUGUGGCUGCGUCUGGCACAGGUCAGCGACAGGACCGUGGUCGUGUUCCAGCCUGUCCCCCUCCACAACCACACCUACCACCACCACACCCACGACAGCUCCAAUGCCGCCCGCCACGCCCACAACAAAAUCCUCGCCCAGCCCCCACAAGCAGCCGCCCUCACCCACAACGCCACCACCAUCACCAACACCACCAACACCACCACGAGGGUCACCAAGUCAGGGGUGGUGACCUUGCACGAGGCGGCGGUGACCCUGGCGGUGAUGGAGGACACGAACGGGACCCGAAAGCCGGAUCACCACCACCACUCUCACCACCACGCUGACCCCCCGGUGGUGAACGGUGGUGAGAAUGGCACCGAUGAUGAUGAUGAUGGUGUUGUGGCCUCGACCCCCCCGCCCCCCCCUCACACGGACCCACCAGCGGAUUCAACACCAUCUGUCAACGUAUCCUCCGGUCAGACUUCAACUCCACUCAACACCACUGGGAAUGUUACCACUGUCACCACUUCUACUACUACUGCCGCUGUUACUACUACUGCUGGUGCUACUACUGCUGCUGCUGCUACUGCUACUACUACUACCACUGCUGUCCCUGCCUCGAUAACUACCACUAUUACUAAUGCUACGAAGACCCCUACUAGUGGUACAUCUCCUCCUUCUUCCUCUUCUUCCUCCUCCUCCUCCUCUUCCUCAACGUCAACCUCCGUCCCAUCCACUAUCAAAACCUCUUCUUCAGCCUCUGCAUCCUCCUCCUCCUCUUCUUCUUCUUCCUCUUUGUCUAGUUCAACGACCACCACUGCACCGACUACCACUACUACUACAACUUCCUCAACGCCUACCACUACAACCACUACCAGCUCCUCUUCCUCCUCUUCCUCCUCCUCAAGGCAUCCUCUCUCGCAUAAGAUGGUCUACGUCGCAACCACGGCCUCAGGGAACCAUGUAGGCGGGUUCUGCGUCUGGAGGACCGACGGCGUUGAGACCAGAUGGAAUUACUUCUACGAGAACAUCCCAAUCGAGUACCAGAGCCCACAGGAUACAGAGGACCACGAAAUGCGAGGAAUGGCCGCUGCUGUGAGGACCUGGGCGCCUCUAUGGGAUGACCACCAUGUUGUCCUAAGGUCCCACCACCCAGUUAUCAAGGGAUCUCGCCACCCGACCCGCCGCGCGCUGUCCGUCCUACUGGAAAAGCUCUCCGCUGGGCAUUUCACUUACGAGCUUGAAUGGCGCCUCCGAAAGACAGAUUACGUAGUGGAGAUUUCGUAUUCGCUGUCAAGGCUCCACAGGGACUUCACGCACUGGUUCCACGUCUUCAAAAAGCAGGUGGACUCUCUCUUAGGCAACCAGGACUGGGAGACAGCUAGAACCGAGCGUAGGACACCAAUUCCGGAGUCCGCGUUCAAUAUCACCAAACUGGAUGAUUCCCCCGCGCUCCCCUUUGAUUCUCUGCCCCCCCUGGACCCCCUGGAGUGAUUCGUCUACCCCAUCCUCCCCUGUGACCUUCCUAACCCCCAGCUCCCCUGUGAAAAACCCAUGGGGAGAUAUAGUUAUGCUACGUUAUCUCACUUUCCCUUUGAUUCUCUGCCCCCCCUGGACCCCCUGGAGUGAUUGGCCUGUCCCCUCUCCCCCUGUGACCUUCCUUACCCCCAGCUCCCCUGUGAAAAACCCAUGGGGAGAGAUAUUGUUAUGCUACGUUAUUUCACUUUCCCUUUGAUUCCCUGCCCCCCCUGGACCCCCUGGAGUGAUUGGCCUACCCCCCCCUCCCCCUGUGACCUUCCUUACCCCCAGCUCCCCUGUGAAAACCCAUGGGAAGAUAUAGUUAUGUUAUCUUAU